AUGCCACAGUACAGCAAUCCCCACCAUGAGGCGCUUCUCACCACCACGACUCAUUGGUCACAGUAUAAGCUAGUGGUAUCCUUGAGUGUAAUAGAAAUUAUUAAUUUUAAUAAAGAAAUAUUUUUAAGUUUUUUAUCUUUAAUUUUAUUAUUACUUAUAGUAAUAGUAGGAGUAGCUUUUUUAACAUUAUUAGAGCGUAAAAUAUUAGGUUAUAUUCAAAUUCGUAAAGGACCUAAUAAGGUUUCAUUUAAAGGAAUUUUACAGCCUUUUUGUGAUGUUAUUAAAUUAUUUAGUAAAGAGCAAAUUUUUCCAUCUUUAAGAAAUUAUUUAAUAUAUUAUUUUUCUCCUGUUUUUAGAUUAUUUUUAAUUUUAGUUUCUUGAUUAAUUUUUCCAAUAAUUUCAAUUGUUUUAAAUUUUAAUUUUGGGGUUUUAUUUUUUUUAUGUUGUACUAGAAUAAGAGUUUAUGGAAUUAUAGUUGCUGGAUGAUCAUCAAAUUCUAAAUAUUCUUUAUUAGGAAUAAUUCGUUCAAUUGCACAAACUGUUUCUUAUGAAGUAAGAAUAAGAAUUAUUUUAAUAUGUUUUAUUUUUUUAAUUGAUAGAUUUAAUUUUUUAAAUUUUAUUUUUAUACAAAAAAUUUGAUUUAUUUUUGUUAGUUUUCCUUUAUCUAUAAUUUGGUUUAUUAUUAUAUUAGCUGAAACUAAUCGUACACCUUUUGAUUUUUCUGAAGGUGAAUCAGAAUUAGUUUCAGGGUUUAAUGUUGAGUAUGGAAGAGGGGGUUUUGCUUUAAUUUUUAUAGCAGAAUAUGCAAGAAUUUUAUUUAUAAGAAUAUUAUUUAGUUUAAUAUUUUUAGGGGGUGAUGUUUUUAAUAUAAGUUUUUAUAUUAAAGUAAUUUUUAUUUCAUCUUUAUUUAUUUUAAUUCGGGGUACUUUACCUCGUUUUCGUUUUGAUAAAUUAAUAAAUAUAGCAUGAAAGAGAUUUUUACCUGUAUCUUUAAAUUUUUUAAUAUUUUUUGUAGGAUUAAAAAUAUUUUUAUUAAUUUAUUUUUGUUAAUUUUUAAAA